AUGGCCGCUCAUGUGCUUCCGACGCCGGCGACGCAGUAUGCUCCGACCCAGAUGUCCUAUGGGACUGACGACCUCCAUAAUCCGAACGAGACUACAAGACGGCAAUGGUGGCCUACAGACUCGGGAGCGACCUUUGGAGGUCUACAAUCCGGAGACUCUUCGUAUAGUUCCAACGAUUUGCAACCUGUGACGAUGGUCUCCCCUCCUUCCGUCUACUCCGACACGUAUUUAGGACGCCAAUCAUCGCAGUCACCACGGGCGCCCUUGGGUGUGAACAUUCGGGACCGAACACCCAUUCGACAUUACCAGUCAAACGACAUGCGACGGCGCAGUCACAAUAGGAGCGAGAUGUUACUAGCAUACGCGGAGCAGAAUCAAUUGCAUGAGUCGCAAUCACUACCAAUCAUGGCCACCAUUUCCUCCCAGAGUGGUGCGGGCAUGGCACGGAUGUGCAAUAUGCCUACAUAUAAUAUGUCACCCCCGAUGACCAAUUUUCCGCCUGGAGAUGACAUGUUCGCUUCCUCAAUCCUGCAAACCACAGCACAGCAAGAGGCGGGAAUGAUGUUGCGGCACCAGAAUGCAGGAGACGUACAAACUUUCUUUCCGAUCGAGCGAACUUCACCACACAGUUCCCAAAUGGCUCUGCGGCAGCAGCCUCGGCCAGACGCACACAAUGCGACUUACGCCAUCGGACCAACCGAUACUGGCCCGCAAGCAUUCCCACCCGUCACUUUGACUCUGGAGUCCAGUCCUGCGGAGAUCGAAAUCAGGCCGUCACGACCGAAACCGCAGUGCUGGGAGCACGGUUGUAAUGGGAGACAAUUCAGUACAUUCUCGAACUUGCUGCGGCAUCAGAGAGAAAAGAGUGGGAGUGCGAUAAAAGCGAUUUGUCCACACUGCGGUACGGAGUUCACACGGACGACAGCGAGGAAUGGACACAUGUCCGGUGGCAAGUGCAAGGGCAAGGCCGAUGCCGAAGCCUCGAACCGGGCCAUCUAA